GGCAAUAAGGUGAGAUAGACCUGCAAACAAUGGAGCAUGUAAUGUUUACCGUGCAUUAAAGCCUGUCUUAAGCUGAUCUGUAGUUAUGCUGUGCGCAUAAGGCUUAAUAAUGCAAACACCCUAAUAGGAUCUGUGCCGGUGAGUAGAUCCAUAAAAAUAGAACAAUCCUUUGAGGAAGUAGACGACUCACUCUCCUCUCUCCAACAGCACAACCAGCUGAGUCUGAUGUUUUCAUAGUUAUCAAGAGCUCAAAACACGAUGAAGAGGCUGCUUGUUCAAAUUCUUUGCAUCACAGAAGUCCUGCUCUGUGCUGCUGACUCUCCGCCACUGAGCGAGGACACGCUGGAAAAGCUGUCUGCAGCAGGAGAGCAGUAUGUCGAUGAGGAAAUAAAGCGGGCGUUACUCGGGGUGAAGCGGGUGAAGGAAAUGAUGGAGAAAAAAGAUGAGAAGCACAGACAUCUUAUGGACGCCCUGAGACACAGCAGUGACAAGAAGAAGGGGGCGAUGCAGCUGGUCCGGGAAACAGAGCAGAAACUAGAGGAGGCUGAGCAGCAAUGUCAAGAUUUAACCAAAUCUUCCUUUGAGGAAUGUCGACCUUGUCUUGAAGAUACUUGUAAGGCCUUCUAUACUUCGACGUGUCGACGUGGCUUCGCCUCCUUCUCAUUCAAGGUGGAGGAGUUUUUCAGGAAAAUGGCCACCCAGCUGGAAGCCACAGAGCGUGUUUUCGACCAAAACGAGGAGAAUGCGGGUCGCACCAACCCACCUGAGAACCAGGUCUCAGAAGAUGAAGCUGACCUGGAGCUUCUGCAGGUGGAUGCAUCGUUCAGCCAGCUGCUGUCAAACAUCAGCCUCCUGCACAACCAGAGCGCCAUUCUGGUCAAAAAGAUGCAACAGGUGUUUGGGAAUUCCUUCCUGAUGGCCUUCAACACAGAGCUCCAACCCAGCCCGCAGUCGUCCAUGCAGGGUGGCACGAGUGCUGGCUUCUUCAGGACAGUGGGUCUGGACCACAUCGUUGACUCGGUGUAUGACUUUGGGAGGAAUGUGCUGGAGGAGUUCAGCUCCACGGUGGUGGAUGUGUUUGAGGAGGUACAAGAAGCAGAGGAGUACUUCCAUCAAUUAAGCAGAGAUACAGGAGCCCUCUCUGCUUUGGGACAGUCCCAGAACAGACAUCUGUGCAGACGACUUCGCAGGCAAGCAUCAGAGUGCUGGCAGCUCCAAAGUUUGUGCGAGACGUGUGAAGAUUAUCUGGUGAAAGAGUGUCCCAGUGUCCAGCAGUUACACUCUGAGAUGGAGGAGAUGUACAUGCUCCUCAACGCCUCCCGUCAGCAGUACGACGACAGGCUGCAGCUGGUGCAGAGACACACAGCGGACACACAGAGGUGGCUCAGCAUCAUGGAUGACAAGUACGGCUGGCUCAGCCAACUGUCCAACAGCACAGCGGGCCCACACAACAUCUUCAGCGUGAUCACAGUGAAUCCACAGCAACAGAUGAAGAACAUCAGACCUAAAGCUGACAGCAGUGUGGCUGUAACAUUACUGGACUCUGCCCCAAUAACGGUCUCAGUCCCAGCGGAGCUGGAGGUGGACGACCCUGCUUUUAUCCAAUAUGUAGCUCAAGAAGCUCUGACUCUCCACAAACGGCAGAUAAGAGGUAUUGAUGCUGGCAGUGUUGUGGCUUAGUUAAUUAUGUGGCUCCUGGCAUCACUUGGCAGAGCUCCAAAUUGAAUUUGAGCAAAAUGAAUUGUGAUAAUUUGAAUCCGACAACUUUACACUGUGACAAAUCCCUGUGCAUUUCUUCACAUUUAAUCUUAUUCUGAGAGACACAAUGCAAAUGGGAUGAUGUGUCAUAAUCCAAAAUGAUGAAGUAACUAAGAAACAAUCCUAAAUUUCACCCUUCACUGACUUUGUAUCACAAGAUUAAAUGAAUUUGUACAUAGAGACUAUUUAAAUUGAUUGACUGGCUUGUGUUGACGCCUACAUCAGUUUAAAUUGUGGUUUAUUUUCUUUAAAAAACUCUUUAUGUUUUUUUUCUCGACACAGGAACAGACUAAUGUGAACAUCCCAGUGUUCAUCCAUUAUCAUCAGAUGCUGAAUAAAGAGUCCAGUACAGGUUAUCUUUGAACAAUUAAGCUAAUCCUUGUAAAACUUGAAAUCUGUAUUAGACCUCUAAACCUUUACAUGCACAGCUUAUGUUCCUUUUAUUCAUGUAAGUUAAAUCGUAGGGUUUUAAAUGUUUCUGCAAUAAACCUGUGUACACUCUG